CGAAGCAUCAGAAGCAAAUCUUAGCCUCAACUCAAUUUAGGGCGUCUUUGGACUCUUCCCUCGCGCUCAAAAAUCCCCAAAUCCGAGCGAGCGAGCGUUUUCCAUUCCAAAACCACUCCGAUUGCAACAAACCCUAGCUCCAAACCCCUCUCCACUCUCCCCCCCAAUUCCUCUCCCUUAGUAUCUAUCCUUCCCCACAGUAUUUCUAGAUCAGAUCUCUAUUGCGGGUACCGCUUCUCUUCUCCUCGAGUUGUGCUGCGGGUGAGAUGACGGAGCCUUCCAAAGUAAUUCAUGUGCGAAACGUUGGCCUUGAGAUCACUGAGAUUGAUCUGCAUCAAUUGGUGCAGCCAUUUGGUGUUGUCACUAAGCUGGUGAUGUUACGAGCGAAGAAUCAGGCUCUUCUCCAAAUGCAAGAUGUCGAUUCUGCUGUUAAUGUGCUGCAGUAUUACACUAAUACCCAGCCAAGUGUCAGGGGGAGGAAUGUGUACAUGCAAUUCUCUUCACAUCAGGAGCUGACUACAGUUGAUCAGAAUUCGCAGGGACGAAAAAAUGGUGAACAGGAUUCACAACCCAAUCGAAUUCUCUUAGUUACAAUUCAUCACAUGCUCUAUCCUAUAACAGUGGAAGUGCUACAUCAAGUUUUUUCUCCCCAUGGGUUUGUGGAGAAGAUCGUCACAUUUCAUAAAUCGGCUGGGUUUCAAGCUCUUGUCCAGUAUCAGUUGUGCCAGAGUGCUGUGCAAGCACAAAGCUCUUUACAAGGCCGCAAUAUAUAUGAUGGCUGUUGCCAGCUAGAUAUUCAGUAUUCCAACCUCAAUGAGUUACAAGUUAAUUACAACAACGACCGAUCUAGAGAUUUUACAAAUCCAUCUUUGCCUUCUGAGCAGAGAGGCAGAUCAUCACAACAGUCCGGGUAUGGUGAUUCAGGAAGCCUUUAUGGACUCCAACCAGCUGGAGUUAGGCCAGGUUCUUUUACACAGAUGAGCAAUGUAGCAGCAAUUGCAGCUGCCUUUGGUGGAGUUUUACCCCAUGGAGUGACUGGCACAAAUGAUCGGUGCACGCUCCUAGUUACUAAUUUAAAUCCUGAAAAAAUUGAUGAAGACAAACUUUUUAAUCUAUUUUCUAUCUAUGGAAAUAUUGUAAGAAUUAAACUGCUUCGAAACAAACCAGAUCAUGCUCUUGUUCAGAUGGGGGAUGGGUUUCAGGCUGAAUUAGCCUUGCACUUCUUGAAGGGAGCAUUUUUACUUGGGAAGAGAUUAGAGGUCAACUUCUCCAAGUACCCAAACAUCACACAAGCCCCUGACACUCGUGAGUACGCUGGAUCGCCCCUUAACCGGUACAACAACAAUGCUGUCAAGAACUACCGAUACUGUUGCUCCCCAACUAAGAUGAUCCAUGUGUCCGCCCUCCCGCAGGACAUCACAGAGGAAGAGCUUGUGACCCACCUCGAGGAGCAUGGGACCAUUUUGAACACUAAGUUAUUUGAGGUGAAUGGUAAGAAGCAAGCAUUGAUCAUGUUUGAGAAUGAGGAGCAAGCUACUGAAGCCCUUGUGUGCAAGCAUGCCACCAACAUUGAUAGAUCGGUUAUUCGCAUCUCAUUCUCUCAGUUGCAGAGCAUCUAAAUAUCGGUUUUGUGAUCCGGCUUGGAGGUCCUCUCGUCGGUUGCGUUAAAAACUAAAGCAUUGGCUUAUGAAAGAAAAGUUACUGAGAGCCUGAAAUUUGUAGUUGUAGCUUUGUGUUUUAAUUUGAUUAUACUUAAGCCCGGGUAUGAGUUUUUUUUCCCUUGCUAUUUUGUCCUGCAACUUCUAAACUUAUACAGAUCAUAUGUGCAAUUGAUGUUUUUGUUACUGUCAUUUGGUUUUUGUACUAAGCAGAGUUCCUCUGCCUGUCUUUGUAUCUAAAUAUUGAAUGUUUCUAAUUAUAAUCUGAUAAA